AUGUCAACACCAGAGCUCAAGGUUACACCAAAUACUCCCGCCCAAGAAAAGAAAGAUUUUGUUUCCAAUGGAGAACAGUCGGGCUCAAAUAAUACAGUAUCUUCAGAACCAGCACCUAAAGAAGAGAUGAUGCUUGGGGACCCAAGUCGGAAGUCGGAGGAUUCCGAUACCACAAGCUUUGGUGAGCAAAGUGGCAGAAUUGAACCCGAGAACGAAUGCACUGAAUUUUGUGUGGAAUGUAGUGCAUGCUUUGGGUUGUUUGACAGCUGCUGUCCCGCCGAUGAAGAAGGUUGCUUGACUACCGCUGCCACUUUCUGUGGAAAUAUUCUCUUCGGAUGUUGUAAGGCAAGAUAA